CGAGUUCCUUCCUUGACCAAGAAGAUUCUUCCUCCAAACAAGACAAAUGGUUUCCUUAACUAAAAUUUAGAAAUAUUAUGUGUACGAUAUCAUAUUAGAUAUUUGUGUGCCCUUUUCUCUUUUUUAUUAACUUUUCUCACUCGUAACAUGAGACUCGGGAGAAACCCAAUCUUAGUCUAAAACCCUUCAUUUCUUCUUACUACCUAUGAAAAAAGUGCACUGCAAGUGGUGGCCAAAAAGAAAGUCAAAGAAAUGGAUAUCAUGGGAGGCAUUACAUGAUAAUCAACCACCCCAAUACUGUGUUUCAGCUAUCUAUAUUAUUAUAUAAGCAGCUACUAUAAUCUCUUUCAUAAAAAGUCUCAAAUCCUAGCUAAGUACGGUUUACAAAACAUGCAAGACGCCAUAGCUAACUAUAUCUCAGUUUUUCUUCUCUUUACACUUUCCACUGCCAUUAAUCAAACACCAAACACUCCUACAGAUUAUCUUUUCCUUGAUUGUGGCUCAUCAUCAUCAUCAUCAUCAUCUUCUAAUAAUCACCAAACUGAUACUCAAGGCCGUCUCUGGGCAAGCGACUCAGACUCAAAACACUAUUAUUACUCUUCAUCACCACCAAACAUAGAAGACGUAUCAUCAAAAUCCAUUGCCAAAGAACAAGACUCUUCUGUUCCCCAAGUCCCUUACAAGACAGCUCGAAUCUUUCUCUCCAAAUUCACCUACUCAUUUCUCUUAACCCCAGGACCAAAGUUUCUCCGUCUUUACUUCUAUUCAGCCACCUACUCCAAUAACCUCAAUAAAUCCGAUUCAUUCUUCUCUGUCACAGCCAAUAACUUCGUUCUUCUAAACAAUUUCAGCGUUUACCUCACUGCUUAUUCAGCUAUCAAGAAUCCACAAGCUCAACCCUAUUUCUCAAAAGAAUUCAUUAUCAACAACAAUCAAAAGUUAAUCAACAUAACCUUCAAUCCAUCUCCAAACUCUUACGCUUUCAUUAAUGGCAUUGAAAUCGUUUCCAUACCAGAAAAUCUCUACAUAAGCAACGAUGAUGAUAAACCUAAAAUCUUCGUAAAUAACCCUUCAAACCCUUUCUUUUCUGUUACAAACAACACUGUUCUUGAAAACGUUUACAGGUUAAACGUAGGGGGUCCAGAUGUACUCAGCAUAAACGACACCGUUUCAAUGUUUCGAAAUUGGAAACAAGACUUGAGUUACAUACACAGUUACAAUGUUGGUACAGUUCCUUAUCUUCCUAAUGUGAAGAUCCACUACAGCGAGGAUACACCGGCUUACACUGCACCUGAGAUUGUUUACACCACCUUCCGGCAAAUGGAUCCAAUAAGUUAUAACAACACCAAGUACAAUCUCACUUGGUAUUUCCCAUUGGAUUCGGCCUUUUACUAUCUCGUUAGGCUUCACUUCUGCUCCAUUCUUAACGAGAUAACUCGAGAGAACCAAAUAGUGUUUAAUAUUUAUAUGAACAGAAUGAUUGCUCACACACAAAUGGAUGUUAUACAUUUCACCGGUGGUUCAAAAAUCCCCAAAUACAUAGAUUAUAUCAUAUAUAUCGAAAAAGAUUCUGAUUCUUUACUCCUCGAGUUGCAACCUUCUUUCGAGAUAAAUCCAGAGAAUUACAACGCCAUGCUCAACGGUGCCGAGAUAUUUAAACUGAAUCGAUCUGACGGUAGUCUUGCUGGGCCCAACCCUGCCGGCCCGGCCCAAAAUCACAAACCAAUGCUUAGCCCAAUACUAAGGAAUAGCGAAAAGAAGGUGUUGUUAGAUUUCAAAGCUAUUACAGUUUCGGGAAUCGUGCUUGGUUUGUUAUUCUGUUUACUUUCAGUAAAAUUCUUCUUUAUAAUCCGCCGGAGAAGGACAUCGCUGAAAGCCUCAUCGGGGAUAACGAAAGCUUCUUCACUACCCUCAGAUUUGUGUCGUCAUUUCACUAUUAAGGAGAUCAGAGAAGCCACAGGCAACUUCGACGAGCGACGCGUCAUAGGCUUCGGAGGCUUUGGUAACGUGUACAAGGGAGAUAUAGACGGCGUUAUCGUCGCCGUUAAGAGACUGAACCCUUCUUCCAAGCAAGGAGCUAAAGAGUUCUUUACCGAGAUAGAUAUGCUUUCAAAGUUGAGACACGUGCAUCUCGUGUCUCUCCUCGGUUACUGUGACGAUAACGGCGAGAUGGUUCUCGUGUACGAGUACAUGUCACGUGGCACCCUCCGUGAUCACCUUUACAAGACUGAUAACCCUCCUCUUACGUGGAAAAGAAGACUCGAGAUUUGUAUUGGUGCAGCUAAAGGGUUGCAUUAUCUUCAUACUGGUGCGAAACACAUGAUUAUUCACCGUGACGUUAAGUCAACUAACAUAUUAUUGGACGAGAAAUGGGUGGCUAAGGUUUCGGAUUUCGGGUUAUCCAGGACGGGUCCGAUUUCGGCGUCGGUUACACACGUCAGCACUGCAGUCAAGGGUAGUUUCGGGUAUAUGGAUCCAGAGUACUACAGGAGGCAACAGUUGACUGAGAAAUCUGACGUGUACUCUUUCGGAGUGGUGUUGUUUGAGAUUUUAUGUGCUAGGCCAGCUCUGGGCCGUAAUUUGCCGAAAGAGGAAGUGGGCCUAGCGAAUUGGGCCCAAAAAUGUUGCCGAAAUGGAAGGGUUGAAGAGAUAAUUGACCCGAAUUUGAUUGGCGAGAUGGUUUCGGCGGUGUGUUUAAAGAAGUUCGUGGAGAUAGGGCUAAGCUGCUUGGAAGAUGACGGGGGUGAACGGCCGUCAAUGCAUGAUGUGGUGGGAGGGCUUGAAUUCGCCUUGGAGCUUCAAGUGAAUGCUGAGGAAACCAUUAAUGUUUGUGGAUUAGAGACGGCGGCGAUUAGUACGGCGUUUGGUGAAGGAAGUGACGACUCGUUUUCUUUGAAUUUUAGUCAUACGACAAAAUUGUUUAGUAGUAGUAAUGGGAGGAGUAGUGGUAGGGAGAGGUCUGAUGAUUCAGAUCAGUAUUAUACAUAGAUAGAUAGAUGCAUGUGUUCGUAGAAACUUGGAAUCUGUCCAAAACUUUGAAUGUAAAUACUAAAUAAAUAGUCUUCUCUAAUUUUUAAAUAUGAAAAUGAUCUGCCUUAGUAGAAAA